AUCCUCCAAAUAUCUGUGAGAUUAUGGGAUUCGUAAAAUACGAACUUACUGCAUUAGUUUGGUCUGCAUACUAAGAAAAAAAAAGCAAACCCCUGCCGAAGCCGACAAAGUAUAGCAGUGUCCUCACAUUGAUACUUAACCCCCCGUGCCAAGAAAAGAGUCGAAGAGGGAGCCGCAUAUAGGGUCAUCACUCACCUUUCCCAGCCCACUUCGCCAAGUUGAUAGAGCAACAUACGAACACAAUGAAACACGAGCAAGUCUCCCUCUCACAACAACUCUCCUCCAGUAAGUCCAAAGCAUCUGCCGGUUUGGAAAACACAGCGGAACUUCCAUCCAAACAUGCAGCGAUUCGAACCGGGUUCCACAAAGUUGUGGCAUCAGGGGACGCAACGGAAAAGAAGAUUGGUCAUCUUCCUUGAAUUUAAAGCUUAAUUUGAUGCUUGUAUAACGCAGCACAACGAGUCGUUCAUCCAUCCACAAGCUUUCCCAGUGUGGCAACCCGAACGUCCAUCACUUCCAGCCAGACCGAAACCCGGAACCGAUUGAUUCAUAAGGAACGCAGUUGUUGAAAGUUGACACUGAGGUGAUACUCCAUAUCGGUGUUUCCGGUUCCCCUUUGCUAGGCAGUCGGUUCAAUGAGAGGCGAUGUCUUGAUGAUCAUACUCGGAAAAACGUCGAACGAGGGAUGGAGAUGUCGGGUCUGAAACAAUUUGGGAAUUGGUUUAAUUUUGCAUGGUCAAAUGCAUUUACUUGCUGUGCUUGGGGCAGUUGGCACAGGUGCAGCUGUCACCGCAAGAGCAAGAGUCUCCGCACAUGUUGAUUGUUGUUGUUGUCGUUGUCGUUGGGGAUUUGUUUGGCUUAGGUUGGUGGUCAAAGUGCCGUUGAUACGAAAUCAAAGAGUC